AUGGUACAGGUUCUGGUUGAUCCCGCCUCGCCCAUGUCCCACGGACAUGUCACGCGAUUCGAGAAUGCGGAAUACUACAAGACUUCCCAUGGAGGGCACGAGUCCAUGUCUCGGGAGGAGCACGCUCGGCGUAUGAAGGAGUUGCUGGCCAAGAGGUCGAAGAGGGCACCACGCCGUGGCUGGACCAUGCUGGACUACCCAAGCACACAGGCCGAUCAAGCGCCUACACCCCACGCGACAUACUUCCACUCCCAAGUCUCCAUCCCAGAGAACAGCGUCGUUGUCUCGAGACCAGCCACGCCAGCGGCCACACCAAUCAUCGAGGACGACUCGGUCCAGCUGGUACAGCGACCAAAGCUUCCGCCGCCUCGCCGGUCGUACUCAGUCACGGACAGGGAGCCUCUGCCGGCGAAUCUCCCCAAGCCUUCACACCGCCUACACCUUCUCGAUCUUCCCUCGGAACUCCACUACAACAUUGUCGACUUCCUCGACCCUAUUGACAGCGCCUGCUUUGGCCUUGCCCACCCAGCCCUUUACGACAUUCACCGUCGGAAGCACGGCAAGAUCCGCCUGUCCGCUCGCUAUCAAGGACCCAAUGACAUGGAGUGGGCAUGGCGCGGUGCUGGCUCCCUCAAGCGCGCCGAGACGACCAAUCUCACAAGCGAGAGCGAGCUGGCGCACAUGCGCGUCCAGGGCCAGGUGUAUUGUCGCAAGUGUGGCGUCUCGCGGUGCGAGCUACACCGGCACCUCAAGUCAUGGAUGGGCGUGGACAAGGAGUACUGCAGCAUCAGGGAGACGUUUGGCAAGCCUGCCGGUGAAGAUGCGAAGCCGUACUGCUACCUGAGCUCGCCCAAGAACCCGCACCGCUGCGGCCGCCACGGCGGGAAGAAGUUUGCUUGA